CUGGCUUCCGCUUCGGUGUCCCGCUGCCAUAGGCUCGCGAGGUUGUUAGGGUGGAAGCCGCUGGCGGUUAUCGACCCCGGGUCAUGGAGCUCCAUUCCGGCGAAGUGCUGCAGGCAGUAGUCGGUGUCGCCCUCACGGUCUUGCUCCUGCUGUUGUUCACUGCACACUUGACUGCUGUUAAAAUGCCAAACCUCAGCCUUGGAGAGAAAGAAAAAUUUUUUUUAAGUCCAAAUUCUGGCAGGAAGGAAUUGUUUCCUAGUAUUCAUGAUCCUCCCACUAAAGAACUGUCUGUCAUUGUCCCAUCUUAUAAUGAAGAAGAAAGAUUACCUCUGAUGAUGGAUGAGACGUUAGAAUAUUUAGAACAAAGACAGAAGAAAAACUCCUCCUUUUCCUAUGAAGUAAUUGUUGUAGAUGAUGGCAGUAAAGAUGAAACAACAAAGGUUGCGCUGAAUUAUUCCAAGGAGUAUGGAUCUGAUAAGGUCCGCGUAUUAACAUUAUUAAAAAAUCGUGGGAAAGGUGGUGCUGUUAAAAUGGGUGUGUUAAGUUGCCGAGGAAGAUAUAUCCUAAUGGCUGAUGCUGAUGGAGCUACAAAGUUUGCUGAUAUUGAAAAAGUAGAAGCUGGUUUGAAAGAUCUCCAGUCAGGGCCUGAUAACAUGGCUAUCUCGUGUGGAUCUCGUGCUCAUUUGGAAAAGGCAACAAUAGCCAAACGUUCCUAUUUUCGGACACUACUCAUGUAUGGUUUCCACUUCUUGGUGUGGUUUCUGUGUGUAAGAGGAAUAAGGGAUACACAGUGUGGCUUUAAGCUUUUGACUCGAGAAGCAGCUCAAAGAACAUUCUCAACAUUGCAUGUGGAUCGCUGGCUUUUAUUUUUGCAUUUUAGGGCUUUUGAUGUGGAGCUCCUUUACAUUGCCCAGUGUUUAAAGAUUCCAAUUGCAGAAGUUGCUGUGCAAUGGACAGAAAUAGAGGGAUCAAAAUUAAUUCCAUUCUGGAGUUGGUUACAGAUGGGUAAAGAUCUUCUCUUCAUUCGUUUACGUUACUUCACGGGUGCCUGGAAUCUGGAAAUGCCCAAAAAAGUCAUCUAAGUUAUUGCGCAGUAUCUGUUCAUGAAGAUGGAAGGACAUAUAACAUUACUGAAAUAUAAUCAAGGAACAUGGUGACACAAGACAUUUUAUGGUGGAUGGUUUAAAAAAAAGUUUUCUUUCCGAAUUCAUAUUGCAGUAUUUUCUUUGUUCUUUUGUAAAUUGCAUACUGGUGAAUAAAGUGAAAACUUUGAAUCUAGGUUGUAUCUUUGGUUAAAUCAAAGAUAAAAUGUUGAGUGACCAGACUGAGACAGCAUAAGGAUUACGUUUGAAUACAUCAAUAUUGCAAGCUGGUUUCUUGGUUUACUUCUAACUGUAAACUAAACUACAUUGACAAAAUGUGCAUUAAUGAUGUAUAUUUUAGGGAUAUCAGAGAAUCCCUUUAAGUCUGGAAACAGACCAUUUGGCCCAACAAGUCCACAUUGACUCUCUGAAAAGCAUCCCACCCAGACUCAUCCCCUUACCCUAUCUCUGCAUUUCCCAUGGCUCAUCCCCCUAACCUACAAAUCCCUGGACACUAUGGGCAAUUUAGCAUGGCCAAUCCACGAAACCCACACAUCUUUGGACUGUGGGAGGAAACUGGAGCACCUGGAGAAAACGUACACAGACAAGGGCUGUGAGGUAGCAGUGCUAACCACUAUGCUGCCCCUUAAAAAUACUUUGGUGUUUUAAGGUUGUCAAAUGCCAGGAAAUUGCCAUACCACAUAAUGGAUGAAACAUGGGGUAAAUGAUUAACUCAUUAUGUUUGCUCUUAUUCUUUUCAAUUCUUUUGUAUAUGGAUGCUUCAGUUUUACCAUUAAUUCUGGAGCAGUUUUGAUUCCUAAGUGCAAUUUUUAAAUGGCUAGAAUUAAAAGCCAAUGUAAUGAGACUUGUAUUAAUGGACGGUUAUUGCAACAGUUGAUUCAUAGUUAAAACUUCUAUUUGAAAAACUGGAACUUGCCUGAAGUCCGUAAAACUUGAAUUAAUAUUUUAUUCAUGUAUUUUAAUUAAAUGUGAAAGUUACAUUUGUAAAA